CGAUUGAAAACUACUACAUCAAAAGACAUGCAAGCGAUGAGAUCAACGGUCAGUAAGAGCUGUUUUUAGUUUUAUAUUCACGCUAGUGAGGGGGUUAUGUAUGACUCAUUCUUCUAAAACUGCUAAUAAUAUAAAAUCAAGGAGAAAUGUGACAAAUGUCCCCCUUUCAGGCGCAUCGAAAUUGAUAGCACUGACAGACGGAGAGUGUCGAAAACGAGGGGUAACGUUUUUUGGGGUAAACAAUUAUACACAGGAAGAGAAGAAUCAUGCAAAGGAGCAAUCAACAAAAGAGAAACACCCUAUCAGAUGGCAUCAUAAUGCUACCAGGUUACCAUAACAACAGACUAGUCGUUGUUUGAUACAAACGACCCCCCCCCAACAGCAAUUUUUCUCGAUCCUUAAGUUAAUUGUUUUCGUAUUUUUCCUACUUUUUAAAAUUUUCCCAACAUGCAUGGAAAAUUAAAUGUGAUUUACUUGAGCAUAGUAUUCUGGGUUAAUAGUUAAUACGUACAAUUAAAUAGUAACGUUCUACUUUUAUACUUCUAAAUGCGACCCAAACAACAGUGCUUCAUAGUGUCACCAAUUUUAAUUGUGUUAAGACGUUGGACAACCGCUAAAGAUCAGGGACUUUUGGUUGGCUUGGCCUUCGCAGGCGGUGGCUUAGCAAAUGCAGCUACGUACCCGAUGGCUGGACUUAUGUGCGAAUAUUCUGGAUGGAGAUCGAUUUUUUACUAUGCUGGAGCAAUUGGCAUCUUGUGGGGUUUAGCGGCAAUCUUCAUGGUUUAUGACAAACCAGGACAGCAUCCUCGUGUUAGUGUAAAGGAAAAGCAAUAUCUUCUUUCCACUCAAGUUGAAGGUUCAUCAAAGAAAACAAAUAAUGCGAUUCCUUGGUCGAAAAUUCUUCGAUCGAUUCCUGUUUGGUCGGUGAUUACCACAAAUUUCUUCUUCUUUGCAGCCACGAAAGGAACAGUAAUUAAUCUACCGCUGUUCAUCAGAGACGUCUUAGAUUUCAGCGUAACCGAAAAUGGGAUUUUUUCCGCUAUGCCUUCAUUGGUGGCUUUGAUGCUACAUUUAAUCAUCGGUCCGCUGUUUGAUUGUGUACGUGCGAAGCAAAUAUUUUCGGUCACAGUCGUCAGAAAAAUAUUUCACGUCAUAGGGACUCUAUUCCCUGCAAUAAUGAUGUUUACCGUUAGCCAACUACCUCCAGAUCAAAAAUAUGUUAUUAUCGGUUUAAUCACUAUUGGUUUUGCAUUCCAUGAGGUGGCCUGGAUGGGAGGAUUUUCAUUCGCUUUUAUGGAUAUGGCCCCUGACUAUGUAGGAAUUAUUCAGGGAAUAAACAACACGAUUGGACUCAUGCCUGGGUUCAUAAUACCCGUCGUCAUUUCAAAUUUGACUCCAGAGGGAACUUCUCAGGAAUGGAGCUACGUUUUCCUAAUGUUUGGCGGAUUGUACAGCAUGGCGUGUUUGAUUUUCUUAUUAACAGGAUCGUCAGAAUUGCAAAGUUGGGGAAAAGCAAAAGACACUAAGACUAAUAGCAAAGAAGGCGAAAACGACAAAUCGCUCGAAAAAUUGGUCGUAUGAAACGAAGUAUCUAGGGAAAUACAUUCAAGCUCGUUACCAAAAUCAAUUUAAAAUAUUGAUAUAAUGUUAAGUACAAUGUACGUACCAAGUAUGGAAAAAUAACUGCAUGCAUAUAACAAAUAAAAACGUGUUG